GAACGGCAACAGCUCGGGAUGUUGCGAUAUCGUUGGCAGCCAGAGAACGCUGUGGCUGCACAGAUUGGAGGGGGGGAAAACCACCGGCCGCUCUUUACAAAUUGAUAGGGACGUGUCACGUUUUGAGCUUUAUUCUCAACGGUGUCGACGUUCUACCGAGCGGCCACACAGCUCGACUGAGGAUGGGAAUAUUGAUCGAGCGAGGCUGUUUUCCAUCGUACUCGAAGCCCCUCAACGUCAGAGGAUAACCCGGAUAACCUUAAACACGAAAUGUCAUAGUGCGCGAGGAGCUAGCAUCUAGCUAGCUGCUACGAGAGAUGGAAGAGAACGCCGAUGUUUUCGUCGGAUCAAAUCAGCUAAAUAGCUACAAAAGGGAAUAGUGUAGGUUACCCGGAGGAUGCUAUUUUCGCCACCCGCUGCUGUGUAAUUCACUUACAUAACAGCUAGGCGCAACCGUGUUUGGCGUGCCUAUUUUCAUUUUACCACCCAAAUCUAUGUUUUGGCGUCUUCGUCACUGAUUUGUGUGUUUGGAUGCUGCAAAUAGACACCCAGGCAGAGCAUCCCUAUUAAGCCACAAAUCCGCUCUCCUGUCGUUUUGGACGCCAUGAGGAAGUUCUUCGAUUCCCGUCGGGAGUUGGUCAGCUCCGGACCGGGUUCCGGAGGAGGUGGCAGCAGCUCCGGGUCCAGCCACGCCGGGGGGAACUUCAUCGGGCGAGCCUUCACUGUGGGCCGCCACCAAGUCACCGUGGAGGAGAUCAUAGCCGAAGGUGGUUUUGCAAUCGUGUUCCUCGUGAAAACAAACCAGGGCGUGCGCUGCGCCCUGAAGAGGAUGUACGUCAACAACGAGUACGACUUGCAGGUGUGCAAGUGUGAAAUUCAAAUAAUGAAAGACCUUGUGGGCCACAAGAACAUUGUGGGUUAUCUGGACUCCAGCAUCACAGCCAUGGGGUCGAGGGAUGUGUGGGAGGUCUUUAUACUGAUGGACUACUGCAAGGGUGGCCAGGUUGUUAAUUUGAUGAAUCAAAGGCUGCAGACGGGCUUCACAGAGGCGGAGGUGCUUCAGAUCUUCUGCGACACAUGUGACGCCGUGUCUCGCCUUCACCAGCGCAAGACACCCAUAGUCCACAGGGACCUUAAGGUGGAGAACAUCCUCCUGCACGACAAAGGUCAUUAUGUCCUCUGUGACUUUGGCAGCGCCACUACCAAGUCCCUGAGUUCACAGAGCGAAGGCGUAGCCGCUGUGGAGGAAGAGAUUAAAAAAUACACCACUUUGUCAUAUCGUGCACCUGAGAUGGUGAACCUCUACAACAACAAACUCAUCACCAUCAAAGCGGAUAUCUGGGCGCUGGGCUGUUUACUCUACAAGUUGUGCUUCUUCACUCUGCCAUUUGGUGAAAGCCAGGUGGCCAUUUGUGAUGGCAGUUUCACCAUUCCGGACAACUCCCGCUACUCUUACGAUCUCCACUGCCUCAUUCGCUACAUGCUGGAGCCUGACCCUGACAAAAGGCCAGAUAUCUACCAGGUAUCCUACUUUGCCUUCAAACUGGCACAGCGGACAUGUCCUGUUCAGAAUGUGAAGAAUUCUUCAAUUCCUUCCAAACUUCCUGAGCCAAUCAAAGCGAGCGAAGCUGCUGCAGCGAAGAAGAGUCAGGCCAAACCCAGACUGACAGACCCGAUCCCCACCACUGAAACUUCCAUCACUCCUCGUCAGAGGCCCAAAGCGGCUCAUACUCAGGCCGCUGCCGGGAUCCUUCCCAUCCAGCCCGCUGCACUCACCCCUCGCAAGCGGGCUAAUCUCCCUGGUGGAACAGCUCAGCCUGUUGGAGUCAGCUUGGAUCUCUCGCAGCCAGCUGCGGCCCUCCAGUCACAGAAGGCGCAGACAUGUGCUUUGCCUCUCAUCCAGUCACAAAACAACUCCAGUAUGUCUGCAGUGGCACAGAAGCAGCCUGCUUCAGCAUCAGAAGCUACAGCCGCCGCUGCCGUAGUGGCAACUGUGCCCAAGGCAGAUGUCCACCCGCAGACCCAUGAACAGCUGACUGCCGCACAGGAAACAGCCCCGCCUCCGUCCACGGCCAGCGCCACCUCACAGCAGGCGCUGCGGUGUCCGUCCAGCCCGGCUGCACCUCAGCGUCCUGCUCGACGCAAGCCGCCCGUCCAGACUCAGACUCCGUUGCCCAACAAAUCAGCUGCCGGUCAAUCAGCGGAUGAGCAGCAGCAACAGACUAGUCAGCCGUCAGUCAUUCAUGCUCAGUCGGCUGCCACGGAAGUCGGGCAAAAAGCAGCUGAGACAACCCCUCCUGCUUCACCAAAGACAGUGGAGGCGCAAAGCCACAAACGUGUCCCAAAUGACGUCACAGUCAGCGCCACCAAUGACGGCAGCGGAAACUCCUCACAGGCAGCAGAGGAAGACAUCGUCCACACUCAGAUUGGAUCCAUCCAACCUUAUGGCGAUCUAGUUCAGGACCAAAACAUAGUCCCCGCCUCCAGCGGUGACUCGACUUUACCGCCAACGUGGAACCCGUUCGACGAUAAUGACAGCUUCUCCAGUUUUACCUCAGAGGAAGUCAAAUCCAAGGAUGCAAAGCCUACCGACCCGCCCUCAGAGUGUGAAAUGCCUUGUGGAGAGUUGAUACCAGGCUUGCAGGCCUCACACAGGGAGAAUGCAGAACAAGACUCACAAGCUGAAAGACCAUCAUCCAUCGGCGACGCUGAUUUAGGAGCGUCACUGUUGGUCAUCCCGGAUCCAUUCCAUACGCUUGAACUGUCCAACGCACCAGAGAAGCUUAUUGAAGGACUAAAAUCUCCAGACGUAUCUUCACUCAUGCUUCCUGACCUGCUAUCUUUGUCUGAUCCUUUUGGCGGUUCUGUGGAGGACUCUGCAAAAGAUCACAUCACUGCUGAGGCCUCUCUGCUGGGCUGUUCUCUGAUCGCGGGUCCGUCCGCACCUCCAGCAGCUGCGAGCAGCACCGCCUCCUCCUCCGCCUCUGCUGCGUCUGCUCUGGAUGAGUUUGGUCUUCUGUCUGGAGACUCUGCACAGGCCAAAACAUCAGACUCAUCCCUCCUCAUCUCAGACUUCGAGCCCCAGCAAACCAGCGCUGAGGUGGCCACGGAGGACGAGUUUGACCCAAUCCCCGUGACCGGACGCAAGAACUCCCAAGUUUCAGGAGGCCACUCGCGCAGUAACAGUGGUGGCUCUGAAUCCAGCCUGCCCAGCUUGGCCCGCUCCCUCCUGCUGGUGGACCAGCUCAUCGACUUGUAGGCCGUAACCCCCACCGCCCGCUCCGUAGAAGCCGUAACACUGGAUUAGAGUCAUGCCAUAGCUCAUUUACGGCCGCCAUCUUCUUUCUAGUGUGUGCGUCCAUCCCUCGCCAUCCGCUCCUUUCCCAUCCCAGCAACAUUAUUGGCUUCACCACCUCACCAUUCUCUCAUCUUUUUCCUCUCCAUCCUUUCUCAAGCUUAACCUUUGAAUAUGACAUGAUGUCUGAUAGCGAAAACAAUAGAUCAUUGUUGUCAUGUACAAUAGGCAUAGUGCUAAGUGAUCGUAGUUCAUUGUGCACAAGUGAAUUUGUCGUUGUUUGCCUUGGUCAGAUUCUCCUCCUGCCCUGUUUUAUUUGCACAUUUUAAGAGCUUAAAAUUCAUAUUUUUCAAAAAGGGAGACAUAUCCAGUAUAAGAGAGAGAAAUGUAGUUUUGCUUUCCCAUUAUUGAUGAGUGAACGAUAUUAAACCACCUUAUUUCCACAAAGGAGAAGCAAUAAAAGGGUUCUAUUAUCAGAAGGCAACAUUUGAGCUCAAGCCUUCACAAACAAGCCUUGUCUUGCACCUUAGCUUGUCCAUCAAGCGUCCAGACUAAAAAAAAAAAAAUCCCCCCUUCAACAUCACUUUCAAUCCUCACAUCUGCAACUUGGUAAUAGCAGUUGUCUCUCAAGACUGGCACCAACUCAUCCCUCCUUCAUCCUCACCAAAGUGAAAACCACACCUGUUUUUACUAAAAAGAAUAAAACUACAAGAUUUCAGGGUUUCGCGAGUCCGAUUAAAUAUUAGGGCCACGCUGGAUAAAUCGUAAAAUUUUGAGGAAAAAAAGUUGUAAUAUGACUUCAUUCUACUAUACUUUUUCCAGUAAAAUAACAAAUGUUUAUUUGUUGUUUAUUAUACAAAUGUUUAUUUGUUAUUUUACUCUUAACUUUACUCUAAUUAUGAAUUGUGAAUUUUUUUAGUUAUGAGUAAUAACUUUAUUCUACUUGAGUCACAACUUUAUUCUAGUAUAAAUUGAGAUUACAACAUUAUUCCAUUUACAAAUUCGGACUUCAUUCUCAAAAUAUUACAACUUGAUUUUACUUAAAAAUUCUGACAUUUGUUUGAGCACUACGACUUCAUUCCGUUAAAAUUUUACUUUUUCCAGUAAUGCAAAAAAUUUAUUUUCGCGUGUUACAACUUGCAUUUUAAAAUGAGACAUUUUUCUUGUAAUAUGAGUAUUUUUUCUAGGUAAAUUACAACUCGAUUCUAUUUAUAAAUUUUUAUUUUUUCUUGUAAUAUUACAUCUUUAUUUUAGGUACAAAUUAUGACUUGUAAAACUAUGACAUUAAUAUAGUAACAUUACUUUUUUACUACGACUAUUGUUGUAAUAUGACAACUUUAUUCCAUAUACAUAAUGACUUAUUUUUAUUUUAUUACGUUUAUUUUCUUAAAAUACACAUUUCUUGUUCUUAACACUUUAGUCUUGUAAUAUUUAAACCUAUUUUCAAAAAUUUACAAUCUUUGUGGCCCUAAUAUUCCUUUGUAAAAGUGAAAUGAUCAACAGUGCUCCUGAAGUGGCAAACACAAUAGGAAAUAACGACACACAACAGCAAGUUAAAAAAACACUACAGCAAAUAACGAAUCACAACAGCAAAUCGAAAAUGCAACAACAAAUAAACAUAACGACAAAUAACUAAACAACAGCAAAUAACUAAACACGGCAGCAAAAGAAAAACAAAACAACAAAUGAAAAAAAAUGAAAAUGUUCUUUUAUUAAUAUUUGCUGCUGUUUUUAUUUGUUGUGAUUAGCUAUUUGCUGAUUUUUUUUUAAAAAAUUGUCGUGUUUAGUUAUUUGCUGUUGUUUUGCACUUCAGGGCCACUGUAAUGAUCUCAAGAAGUAGCGUUUUUGUUCUAUAAAAGGGAAGUUGAAUAACAUUUGUACAGUGUGUGCUGUUGAAGAGUUCAUCCUUAAAGCUGCUUAUAAAUUAGCCAUAGCCACAUAGCCUGCAUUUGCAAAAUUACACUGAAUAAAAACAUUUCCUUGUGCCAUUGAAAUAUAUGUGAAACACAGUGGAAAUUGUGCAAAAAAGGCUCCAAAACAAAGUCCUUUCACACCACUAUAUUCUAAUAUUACCUUCUAUUUUGAGGCAAGCAAUGGGUUGCUUUGCAACUCUCACUGACAAAGCAGCUCAUCUAAUAGCAGUUAGCGGUGUGCCAGAUCAAUUGAAAGACUCAUGUUUCUGUUUAUGCUUAUGUGAGUAAUAUUCAAAACAGCAGCGCAUAAACUAUUAAUAUUCAAGAGAUUUUAUUUUGAAAUUCACACGUUCUUCUGAGAAUUUAGUCGGAAAUCAUACAAAAAGGUAAAACACAGUAUUGCACUCUACACUACAUUUAUGACUGGAAAUGUUUUCCAGCAACAUGAACAAGACACUCUAAAAACACAGGACCAAAAAUGCUAUACUUUUUCACAAAUACUCUAAAUGUCAGUAUAAUUCCUAUUUAUUUUUUUUUUGUAGUCCAGAGGUAUCAUAUUUUCUAAUAUAGUAUUCACCCAGUCUACCACAGUACAGUCUACGUGGGAUAAAAAUGCAAUGUUGACAAAUUUGAAAUUUUUUUUAAGGGAUGAAGUAAUUUACCCUUGUCCCCACUCGGUAUUGCCACUACAUUACUUCCUCAUGGUGGCAGGCAUUAUACAUAGUACUAGUCUACAAUCAUCUGGUUUUCAUUAAUUGGAUUAAAGAAGAAAUGUCCGUUUUUCCAAUAUUUUAGGCCGUUACCAGGGGUCUCUGACGUUCUUCAGUCCAAAUGCACAAAUGUUAAAUACUUUCAGCAUGUUUAACAUUCGCUUGAUAGACUGGUUGAAGUCACUCAGUUUUGGAAGUGGGGGGGGGGGGUUCUGUCUCAUGCAAAUGAUGAGUACAGCUUUUAUUACCGUGAUGGCGAAGGGAAGAGCAAGAGCGUGCAACUGAGCGAGUGGCUGCACAGUGUUGCCAAUUUAGCGACUUCGUUGCCAGAUUUAGUGACUUUUCCGCCCUCUCUAGAGACUAUUUUACCCCCCAAUGUGGUGUGUGGUGAUGCUCUGUGCAUCCAGACUGCAAAUGAACGGCACUUAAACCAAGCCACCACUGGCUAAUUUAACCUUUUACAUAAUAAAGUAUGUCCCCACUAAUGAAAAAGUAUUUCUAAUCCCAACAAAAUUAUUGGAUGAUUAGUUGGACUUUGUGCCCCAACUUUUCAUACCAAAUCCUACUAAAUGCUCAUGAGAGCAGGCUGGAUGUUUAACAUUUCUUUUCAUCCAUUCCCAUUUUCUUUAACUCACUCAACACAUUUCCAACAUGCCUCCCAUUAGUGUAAAUACAGUAGUCAAGCCCUCCCCAUGUACAUAAUGAAGUCACUGUCAUAUAGCUUUACUUGUGGAUAUAUAUAUAUAUAUAUAUAUGACUUUGUUUCCUGUCCAUAAAUGUUAAUAUGAAUAGAGUGAUAGAGAAUGAAUGUAAGAAAUAAAUAUUAGUCUUAAAAAAUAUCUAUAAUGACGUAUAUCCCUCAGAUAAUAUUGAAAGAAUAUAUGAAUAUUUCAUUCCUCUUUGUGGACCGAGUGUGUGUUGGGAAGAGUUGUUUUUGUGUUUCUCUUAUGAUAUAUGAUAUGUUAGCUGUGGAAAUCCUGUUCAAUCCCCGCUCCUCUUUCUUUGUAUAAAGUGUUUUCGUGUGUUUACAUGGACUGAUAUGAAGGACUAUAUUUUUAUUCCAAAAAAAAAAAAAAAAAUGUUUUCUUGCCA